AUGGUCCUGGCGUUUGCAUCCGGGCCGGAGCGAGACACAAAUGAACAGGUCAUGUUUCAAAGGCAAUACAAGGUCGGUAUCCUUUCAAAGCCGGAAAUCGAAGCCGAGGUGAAGACGUACUUGAUGCCCGGGGCUGUCUUCCUGGCCGAGGAGGAGUGGGUAGAUCCCAGGGACGAGCGCAAGUACUUCUUCAUCACGGCGGAACAUGGCUGG